AUGCCAACCGUUAUGGUGAACAGUGCCCAUACUCGGGUCCCUCAUCUCCAGAGAAGAUGCUAUUCUAUUAUACACACGGAAUUCCUUACAACUCAGCCUGGAAUCUGUAAAGUAGGAGAAGUGGUUUUGGGUGGAAUAUGCUUGGGGCUAACGAUAACGUACGGGACUCCUGUUUGGUUGUUGCUAGGCCCAGCCUAUGGAUUCUUCCUUACUACUGCAAGUGCUACGUUCUUGGGUGCUGCUGUUACUCUCCUCUCCUAUCUUUUGUCUAGCCACACAUUCAGAGCAGCCCGAACAACCAUUUUGGAAACGGUGCAAAAUUCUGUGGCUUCUAUGCUUUAUACUGGCUCUUCAAUUUUUUUAUUAAUUAGGACGUAUUUCAUUUUAUGGCCGCUCUACCUGGUUACUCCAUAUUUUCAAGCAUAUCCUGCUAUGAUGGCAGUUUCGGUUUUUGGUCUAGUCGCAGCACUGGUUCAUGCUAUUGACGCUGUUUGUGCUCACAGGGCUUUUAAACAACGUAGAUGAACAACAACAACAACGUUGUUAAAUGUGUGCCUUAGGAAUUUUAGUGAAACAUAAUUCACGCGAGAAUUUAAGACAUCUACGUGUAUGCAUGAGCUCAUUUCCAAUUAUAGAACGGUAAGCAGCUGUUCACUCAGUUUCAAACAAGACUAGAUAAACGACUCAAUUUAAAUAUAUCAAGUAUCUUUCCGCCAGAGGGAGGAAGAGAACGAGAUCAAGCAUUUACGAUUCCAAUUUCGAAUAUAUUUUCGAUACCUUCAACAUAACCUCGUGGUAUUGAGUU